AUGGAGCUACACUUGCCUGUGCCCGACUUGCUGGUCAAGGCAGUGGUGAACGUGCUCAGGGUAGGCCCCGCACACUUGGCUUUUCACAGGACUUCGGUUCUCCAAAAGCUAGUUGCCAGGUCCCAAGGGCUUCUUGAACGGGAGAGAGAGCUUCAUGCGGCGAUGCACCCGGAUCUCCAAAAGGUGCUGGCAGGAAAGAACACCCUGCUUUGGGAGCAGCUCCUGAGAGAGUACGACUUUCCGGACCCAGGCCUUGUGGAAGAGGUCAGGCAGGGUUUCGAAUUGGUUGGGCCGGCAAAUUGCUCUGGAGUCUUCCCGAAGUCCUACAAGCCCCCGCAGCAGUCGGCUGGAAAAUUGAUGCAGCAAUCUCUUUGGAGGCGUAAGAACACUGUUUCUAAGUGCAGGCCAACGGGCGACAGUGAUGCUGAUGCUGAACUUUGGAGCCAGACUCUUCAAGAAGUGGAGCAGGGGUGGAUAGAUGGUCCCUUCUGGGAAGAGGACGAGGUCACCUCCAGGUUGGGGUCAAACGAAUGGAUGUGCACUCGCAGGUUCCCGAUCGUUCAAGGGCCCAAGGUGCGCAUCAUUGAUGAUUGCCUACAGAGUGGCCUCAACUCGGCGUAUGCGGCCUACAACAAGCUGCGCUUAAUGGACGCGGACGCCUUUAUCUCACUUGUGCUUCUCAUCAUAAAAUGCUCACGGCAGCCUGGAAGCAAGCUUGUGCUGGAUUCCGGCGAGGUCUUGGGAGUCAGACGCCAUCCGGGCUGGGGCGAGGGUCUUGACUUGCUCGGCAAGACACUGGACUUGGCUUCAGCUUAUAAGCAGCUGGGGUGCAGACCGGAGACGACCUUCAACAGGGUUCUGGUGGCAUGGUGUCCUGACAAACAAAGGCCUGCUUUCUUCGUGUCCACGGCACUAAUGUUUGGGGCAACCUCCGCGGUGUUCUCCUUUAACAGAUGCUCGGCGUCGCUCUGGCAUUUGGCUGUGUCGAUGGGAUCAGUCUGCUGCACGGUAUACUUCGAUGACUUUCCUUGUGUUGAACCGUCGGCUUCUUCUGGGUCUGCGCAGGAUUUCUUGGUGGGUCUUCUGUCCACGUGCCUUGGAUGGCAGGUGGCAUUGCAGCCGAAGAAGAACCUCCCCUUCGCGAAGACCUUUACUCUGCUGGGUGUGGAGCUCUCGCUUGCAAAGGCGGACCAGGGCAUCCUGACGGUUCGGAAUAAGCCCGACAGGGUGAAGGAGCUGAGGGCGGACUUGAGUCGGCUUGUGGUCGGCUACAUCGCUGCGUGCUUUGCUGCCGAUGCUCCUAGGGAGAUUCAUGCGCUUGAUGAUCGGUUUGCCAUCAAGCUCUUCACUGACGGGGCGUGGGACAAUGCAGUGGCAGGUGCGGGAGCUGUGUUGCAGUACUCCGCUGAGGAGGGGCCGUUGGUGGCGGAGAUCCUCGUGCCUGAGUGUCUCCUUUCCCAUUGGGCUAGAGGAGGCAAAACGCAGCUGAUCUCACAGCUGGAGCUUUUUCCCGUCUUGGUGUCAUUGGCGACGUGGGGCCCAAGCCUGGCGGGUCGUAGGAUCCUGUGCUUCAUCGAUAACAAUGGGGUGCGCGAUGCCUUGAUCAAGGGCUCUUCACCUCUGUCAGACCACUUCGUCAUGCUGGCUAUGAUAGCUUGGAUCGCGAGGCGGUACCGCUUGACUUUGUGGUUCACAAGGAUCGCUUCUGAGUCCAAUCCUGCUGAUAAGCCAUCGCGGUCUCGUGCAGACGAAGCUGCGAUGGAGCUGGGGGGGCAACCUCGUCGAACCAUUGUGCUUGGAACAGCAGCUGGUGGACUCUCUCCUUAG